GGGUGUGGGAGGACGCAGCUUUUACCCAGACUGCACGUAGGACUGAAGAUUUAACUGGUGCCAGCGUCUGCAUCCUUUGCCCUGACAGAUGCCAGCCUGAUGUGGGGUCUGCAUUGAAUGCCCUGACUAAUGCCAGCAUGCCAUGCUUCCAAAUUCUUUGCAAUGACUGAUCCCAGCACAAUGUGGACCUGCUUUCUCUGCACUGACCGAUGCCAACAGGACGUGGGGUCAACUUUCACUGCCCUGACCGAUGCCAACAGGACAUGGGGUCAACUUUCACUGCCCUUACCGAUGCCAGCCUGAUGUGGGGUCUGCAUUCUAUGCCCUGACUGAUACCAACAAGACGUAGGGUCUGCAUUCUAUGCCCUGACUGAUACCAACAGGACGUGGGGUCUGCGUUCUAUGCCUUUACUGAUGCCAGCACCAAGUGGAUCUGCUUUCUCUGCCCUGUCUGAUGCCAGUUUGCUAUGCUUCUGUAUCAUGUGCCCCAGCUCAAUGUGGAUCUGCUUUCUAUGCCCUGUCUGCAUCCACUGCCCUGAUUGUUACCAACAUCUGCAUCCUAUAACCUGAAUGAUGUCAGUAUGAUGAGGGUCUACAGCCUGUACUCUGAGUUAUGCCAGCAUUAUGAGGGUCUAAAGCCUGUACUCUGAGUUAUGCCAGCAUUAUGAGGGUCUACAGCCUGCACUUUGAGUUAUGCCAGCAUUAUAAGGGUCUACAGUCUGCACUUUGAGUUAUGCCAGCAUGCUGUAGCGUUCUGUGACGAGCUGUGAACACACUACAUGUCUGGUGGAGCUGCUACUCUCAGAGGAGUGAUACUAGACUUAGCUGAGAUUGAGAUUUGUGGAGUUCGGACAUGACCCAGUGGAUUAGCCAUACAGAUGUGAUUUCUUAGCUCAGAGUAAAACGGGCAUCACAACAAGGAGAAGGGGCAGAUGUGAGGAUGAUAAUUCCUCUUCUCUCAGAACAUAUUAAGUGGAUAUGUCUCUUUGUGAAGCCAGUGAGAAGCUCAAAUACCGAGAGACUGAAUUUGUGGCCAUGUUUCUAAUUUUCUAAUUUACCCAGUAUGUUGUGCUAAUAUCCACAGGAUAUCAACCAGUGAAACAUUCUGUCUCUAGUGAUAUGAUCCAUCUCCAGUGAUACAGUCUCUCUCCAGUGAUACAUUCUAUCUCCAGUGAUACGGUCUCUCUCCAGUGAUAUGGUCUCUCUCCAGUGAUACAUUCUAUCUCCAGUGAUACGGUCUCUCUCCAGUGAUACGGUCUCUCUCCAGUGAUACGGUCUCUCUCCAGUGAUACAUUCUAUCUCCAGUGAUACGGUCUCUCUCCAGUGAUACAUUCUAUCUCCAGUGAUACGGUCUCUCUCCAGUGAUACAGUCUCUCUCCAGUGAUACGGUCUCUCUCCAGUGAUACGGUCUCUCUCCAGUGAUACAUUCUAUCUCCAGUGAUACGGUCUCUCUCCAGUGAUCCGGUCUCUCUCCAGUGAUACGGUCUCUCUCCAGUGAUACAUUGUCUCCAGUGAUACAUUUAGUCUUUCAGACCAUAUACAUCACAUGAUGAUUAAGCAAUCCCCUUCAGAAUCUCUCUACCACAUAACUGCCAAUUUCAGGAUACACUAAGCCUGGAAUUUCAGGGUUAACGUAACUGUCUUUUUCACAACACUGGGAUUAUUCACAGCUUCCCACGAACAUAAUUGUUUAUUGUGAUUAAUGAUGUUUUAUGCAAUUUGGAUCUCCACUAUUCCACCUGAGCAGGUGUACAUAGUCUGUCAGGGUGCUACUUAAUGUGCAUUUAGCAGCCAGUCCACCUGUGUUUGAGGACGAUAUAAGCAAAAUUCUGUCAUGCUUUGUGGACAAAUCUUCUUUCAUCUGGAUUUGCCAAAUGAUUUAAUUCUCCUUAUUAAAGGGUUUACUGCAAAAGGCCAGAAGGCUGAUAAUGGACUGAGCUGUGGAUGUCAUAGUCGGAUUAAGCACUCGUUGUCAGAUAUCUUGAUUUUUUUGGGUCCUGUGGAUAUGUAUAUUUUUUCAUCUUGUAUUUUAUAUUUUGUUUUAUUUUACAGUUUUUUUAUGCACCUCCCUGGAAUGGGUGGAUCGUGGAAAGAUGCUCUAACCGUGAAAAACAAUGGAUUCUGCAUGGGUUCCACAAACCCCUUUCACCCUAGAAAGCAGGACAUGGGGCUGUAUCACCCAUGAAAACGGAAUUAAAGAAUUUCCUCACACCAGAGAUUUACAUUUCAAACUUAAAUGUGUGUUUAUUUAUGGAUUAUAAAGAAUGUAACAUGCACCAUUAAACUGUGGGCAUCAGUGGACGUCUUAUUGUGAAAGGACAUGUCUAGGUCAAAUAGUGUGAGCCCACCAGGUUUUGGGGCUCCUGUUUUAAGGGCGGGAGCAGAACACAGGUCAGCCUGGGGAGAAGCAGAGUCAAGGGCCAAUGGCUAUCCUUACUCAAGCAGAUCAUCCAGGAAAAAGACUUCCCGGAUGAUGGGGUUAUGGAAGAGUGAUGAAGACUAUGAACCCCCUCAAGGAAGAAACUCCUCGCUGGAGAAAAAGGUGAGCUUCAAGUCCAAGUCAGCCUGGCAGGAGCACAGAGAGGAAAUCGGAAACAAUAAUAAACCUAUUUCUGUGGGCCAAAAGCAAAAGGAUGUGGAGGUGAGGUCCAAACCUGUAGAAGGCUUGGAGGAAAAGUUGGGCAAAGUUAAGGAUGAUGGAGUUGAGGAUGUGUCAGAAUUUCAUUACUCAAUGGGGAUCUGCUGCAGUGAUCUUCUGGAGAUAUUCAUGUCCAAGAAAUUCCAGUCUGAGAAACUUGAAAGACUUUACCAACGAUACUUCUUUAGGCUGAACCAGAGUAGCCUCACGAUGAUCAUGUCGGUGCUGAUUUUGGUUUGCACAGUCAUGCUAACAUUCCACUGUGUCCAGGGGGAUUACCAAGUGGCCUAUAUGACGGUCCUCUUUGUGGCAAUGCUUUGUCUUUUCACACUUAUAGCUAUAUGCAACCGUAACAGUUUCCACCAGGACUACAUGUGGGUGGCCUGCUACAGUGUCAUUUUAGUAGUGUUUAUGGUACAGGUUGUAGGGGUCCUCUUGGUGAGACCCAGGAGCGCAUCCGAUGGGAUAUGGUGGACAGUAUUCUUCAUCUACACAAUUUAUACCCUUCUUCCAGUCCGGAUGAGAGCAGCAGUCAUCAGUGGCGUAAUUCUGUCUACAAUUCAUCUUGCUAUUUCUUUGAAAAUUAAUGCCAGCGACAAAUUCCUGUUUAAACAGCUGCUGUCUAACAGUCUCAUCUUCUUGUGCACAAAUAUUGUGGGUAUCUGUACACACUACCCAGCAGAGGUAUCUCAGAGACAGGCUUUCCAGGAGACCAGAGAGUGCAUCCAGGCACGACUCCAUUCCCAGAGAGAGAACCAGCAACAGGAGCGGCUCCUGCUGUCUGUGUUGCCACGCCAUGUUGCCAUGGAGAUGAAGGCUGACAUCAACGCCAAACAGGAGGAUAUGAUGUUCCACAAGAUUUACAUUCAGAAGCACGACAAUGUCAGCAUCCUUUUUGCAGACAUAGAAGGCUUCACCAGUUUGGCGUCUCAGUGCACAGCGCAGGAGCUGGUGAUGACCCUUAAUGAACUCUUUGCGCGAUUCGACAAACUCGCAGCCGAGAACCACUGCUUACGAAUCAAGAUUUUGGGGGAUUGUUAUUACUGCGUGUCAGGAUUACCAGAGGCGCGUGCGGAUCACGCUCAUUGCUGCGUAGAGAUGGGGCUGGACAUGAUAGAAGCCAUUUCGCUGGUUCGAGAGGUCACGGGGGUCAAUGUGAACAUGCGAGUUGGAAUUCACAGUGGACGAGUGCAUUGUGGGGUACUUGGGCUACGCAAGUGGCAGUUUGAUGUGUGGUCCAACGAUGUCACACUGGCCAAUCAGAUGGAAGCAGGAGGCAAAGCAGGACGGAUCCACAUCACAAAGGCAACUCUGAACUAUUUGAACGGCGAUUACGAGGUGGAGCCUGGUGCCGGCGAUGAGAGGAACGCCUACCUGAAAAAGCACAGUAUAGAAACCUUCUUUAUUGUGCGCUGCUCCCAGAAACGGAAAGAAGAAAAGGCUAUGAUCGCCAAGAUGAACAGACAACGCGCUAACUCCAUUGGGCACGGCGCAGCGCACUGGGGGAUGGAGAGACCAUUCUACAACCAUCUGGGAUCUCACCAGGUUUCCAAGGAAAUGAAAAGAAUGGGCUUUGAAGACCCUAAAGACAAAAAUAUCCAGGAGAACAUGAAUCCUGAGGAUGAAGUCGAUGAAUUUCUGGGUCGAGCUAUAGAUGCCCGAAGUAUUGACAGGUUGCGUUCUGAGCAUGUGCGCAAAUUUCUACUUACCUUCCACGAGCCAGAUCUGGAAAAAAAGUACUCCAAGCAGGUGGACAAUCGUUUUGGGGCGUAUGUCGCAUGUUCUUUCAUUGUCUUCCUCUUUAUCUGCUUCGUACAGAUUACUAUCAUCCCACAUUCGAAUUUCAUGCUGGGCUUCUUUCUGGCCUGUUUCCUGGUUCUGAUCUCUGUACUGUGCGUGUCUCUGAUCUAUUCUUGUAUUACGCUUUUUCCAUCUCCUCUCCAGACUCUGUCCAGAAAGAUUGUCCAGUCUCGAAUUAACAGUACAGCAGUUGGCGUUUUCACCAUCAUCCUGGUCUUCCUCUCUUCCUUCAUUAACAUGCUCACCUGCAGUAAAGCAGAUCUGUACAGCUGCCUCGCUGAUGAAUACCAGACCGUCCCAAAUAACGUGACCCUAUGUAUGCUUCGCAACUCCAACCAGAACUACAGCCUGGAGACUGAGUGGGGGAUCUGCGGGGGCUCCGCGCUAAGCUGCAACUUUCCAGAGUAUUUCACGUACUGCGUUCUGCUCAGCCUCCUCGCCUGCUCCGUGUUCCUGCAGAUCAGUAGUAUGGGGAAACUCAUUCUAAUGCUGAUUAUCGAGGCCGUCUAUGUUCUCGUGGUCGAGAUCCCACAAGUGACGCUCUUCGAUAACGCCGACCUACUUGUAGCUGCAAAUGACAUUGAAUUCGCAAUGAAUGCCACAAACUCUACAAUGAGCUGCACGGACAGUGUGUCCAGGGUCGCUCUGAAGAUCGUCACACCAAUAAUUAUCAGUGUGUUUGUGCUGGCUCUGUAUCUGCACGCCCAACAGGUGGAGUCAACGGCCAGACUGGAUUUUCUAUGGAAGCUGCAGGCCACGGAGGAGAAGGAGGAGAUGGAGGAACUUCAGGCCUAUAAUCGUCGCUUGCUGCAUAACAUCCUUCCUAAGGAUGUGGCUGCACACUUCCUGGCGAGAGAACGGCGCAAUGAUGAACUUUAUUACCAAUCCUGCGAAUGUGUGGCUGUAAUGUUCGCCUCCAUCAGCAAUUUCUCAGAAUUCUAUGUGGAGCUGGAGGCUAACAAUGAGGGCGUAGAGUGUCUUAGACUGCUCAAUGAGAUCAUCGCCGACUUUGAUGAGAUAAUCAGUGAGGAUGAGUUCCGGCAGUUGGAAAAGAUCAAGACGAUUGGCAGCACUUACAUGGCAGCUUCGGGACUCAAUGACACGACAUAUGACAAAGUGGGGAAAUCGCACAUCAAGGCUUUGGCGGAUUAUGCAAUGAGACUAAUGGAUCAGAUGAAAUAUAUCAACGAGCAUUCAUUCAACAACUUCCAGAUGAAGAUAGGUCUGAAUAUAGGGCCCGUGGUAGCAGGUGUUAUAGGGGCUCGGAAACCUCAGUAUGAUAUUUGGGGGAACACUGUAAAUGUGGCAAGCCGUAUGGACAGCACUGGGGUACCAGAACGAAUCCAGGUGACAGCUGAUCUCCAGCAGGUUUUAGCAGCGAACAGUUAUUCACUAGAAUGCAGAGGAGUUGUUAAGGUAAAAGGUAAAGGUGAAAUGAUGACCUACUUCUUAAACCAUGGUCCUUCCAGCAGUUAGCGAACGGAGAAACAUUUGGGUCAUCCAUGUCGUACACCGUGAGAGUGCAAUGGCGAUAUCGCUAAAUCCGCUAACAGCCUCAGCAACCUGAGUCUCCAGCAGGUUUACAGGUAAUUAACCAAAGAGAUAACUCAGGAGGAACUGUUGAGAUUGGAAUUCCACCUUACAGAACCCAACACUGCCUACCUGCCAGGAACUGUGCAGAGAUCCAUUCUAAUUCUGCAUUACAGAGCAAAGUGCUGCUCACUCAGCACUUCCUGUGCGGAUAUGAAUUUAUUGCAAUUCUGCGUUACAGAGCAGAGUGAAGCUCAGUCUUCAGGAAUGAAGAUAUCUAUUGGAUUCCCCUGUUAGCAGAGUGAAGCUGAAUGAUAACUAUUUAUUGGAAUUCUGCGUUACAGAGCAGAGUGAAGCACAUUCACAAGGACCCGUGCAGGUGUUUAGCUAUUGGCACUCCAUAUUACAGAGCAGAUUGCUGCUCACACUCCAAACACUGCAAUGAUAACUAUUUAUUUAAGUUACGCAAUGUAUUUCUACAUAAAGGAAUAAGCAGAAUGUAUUAUGGUACCAGUUUGCCAGCAAUGAACAUGGACAAUUUGUAAAAAAAAUAAUAAAAUUAUAUAAAUCUAUAAACGGUAUUUAGAUAUAGAUCUAUAAACAAGACUCACAAUGCUGUGCCAUGCUGUGGCCUUUUAGAAUGAUUCUUCAACAAGGAGAUGAGAACGUGAAGACACUGAGCUCCAGUCCUUGAGGAACUUCCAUGCUAGCCAGGAGAUGAUAUGGGCGCAGAUCCCGUGACUGGUAUACCGUCAAGUGGACGUCUGUCUGGGUACUUGCUGUGUACCGCCCCUCAGCCAGAGACUCACAGAAUAUUUAAUGUGCAGCUUUUUUGUAAUUUUAUUUUGUAAUAUUCAAGUGUGGAGAUCUAGCAAAUACACAGAUUCUAUAUUUUGUAAAUUA